AGGAUGAGGAGAUGAGCUGAAGACACGCUGGGCGGACAACUGCUUAUCUAGGACAGCAUCAUGCUCGGUCUACUGCGCCCCCUACUGGCCGCCUGCUUGUACCUGCUGCUGCCCGGCGGACAGGGCUGGAGCCCCGGGUACAGCAACGGCUUUCACUACCAGGACAUCAGCAACGGGAACGGAAAAGGAGAGAUCUAUUUCAACGGGGUUCGUCUCCACGUGGAAUCCCCGCAGCUUUCGGUAUCGGCCACCAGGGGGAGCAGUGUCACCCUCCCCUGCCACUUCCACUACGAGCCCGAGCUGAGCGCACCGCGCAGGACCAGGGUCAAGUGGUCCUGGUUGCCCGCCAACACCAUCGGUGCCCCUGUUCCCCCCGAAGCCUUCACCAGGGAAACCGAGGUUAUGGUCGCGAUGGGCAACCGCCACCGCAGCUACGGCGGCUUCCGGGGCCGCGUGCGCUUGCGACGCUCGGCGCCGGGCGACAUGUCGCUCGUGAUCAAUGAGCUGCAACUCAACGACACGGGGAGAUACCGAUGUGAGGUCAUCGAUGGCCUGGAGGACGAGAGUGUGACGGUGGAGCUGGAGCUGCGGGGCACGGUGUUCCCCUACUAUUCUCAGAAAGGACGCUACCAUUUUAACUUCUUUGGGGCCCAACAAGUGUGCCAGGACCAGGAGGCCACUCUGGCUACAUUCGAGCAGCUCUUCUCAGCGUGGGAGGACGGUUUGGACUGGUGCAACGCUGGCUGGUUGGCCGACGGCACGGUGCAGUAUCCAAUCACAGCCCCGCGUGACGGCUGCGGCGGCAUGGACUUAGCUCCCGGUUUGCGCAGCUACGGACAACGGCAUCGCCUCCUCUACCGCUAUGAUGCUUUCUGCUUCUCCGCCUCUGUCAAGGGGACUGUGUACUUCUUAAAGCACCCGAUCAAGCUCAACUUCACAGAAGCGGUCCAGGCUUGUGCCAGUGAUGGAAGUCAAAUUGCCAAAGUGGGCCAGAUGUACGCCGCCUGGAGGCUGAUGGGAUUGGAUCGGUGUGACGCCGGAUGGUUGUCCGAUGGGAGUGUCCGUUAUCCCAUCACAAAGGCCCGGGCUAACUGCGGCCCACCAGAACCAGGGGUGCGUAGUUUUGGGUUCCCCCCUCUGUACCGGAAAUUUGGCGUCUACUGUUAUCGGUAGACGCUUCGGCUCAACACAAGACACAAACACACCGUUCGAAACAGCGCACCGGUUCAAAGCUCUGCUUGAGAGGUUAGCAUUAGCUUGUAGCCUGAGAGCAAAUGAGCAGUUAGCCAGUUUGUUCAUUUGGGAGCUAUUAUGAUAUUUUGAGGCCAUUUGGGUCAAUCGCAUUCCACCUCCGUAAGACUGUAACUAAUCAGCAGCCUAUUGAACUUAACUUCCAGUCAACAACUAAGUGCACCCAUCAUGUGAUGCCACUUGUAUUCAAACAAAAUGACUAUACUUUAUGGCCAGAAGUAUGUGGGCACGCGGACAUUUCACCCGCGUCUCAUUCCAAAACCAUUAAUGUGCUGCUACAACAGCCUCCACACAGGCUUGCUGCAAGAUUUAGGAACCAGUCCGCAGGAAUUUGCCCUCAUUCAGUCACAGCAGCAUGAGAUGAUGCAGCGAUGAGGCCUGGUUUACUCUCGGCUUUGCAGUUCAACCUGAAGGUGUUGAGGUCAGGGCUCUCUGUGGGCCUGUCAAGUUCCUCCACACCAAACUGUGAAUUUGUACACGGGGUUGUUGUCAUGUUGAAAUAGUAAAGGAAAACUGUUGGAAGCACGUCAUUGUCUGGAAUACGUACGUACCUUAAUUGGACCACAUUAAUAUUGCAUAGACAGCGGUGUCCACAUAUUAUUGGCCAUAUAGUGUUUAAUGUCUCAACCACAACAGCAUCCUGCAGGAAAAGAGAACAUCUUUCCAUAGUUUGUGUGUAGAUUCAGUUAUUUUUCCUGCACAUUUUCCUCACAGAUCAAAUCAAGCUAAUUGUGCUUUAAAUAAUUUUGCAGCUGUUUUUAAAUUGUUUUUAUUCACACAUGAUUAAUGAUUAAUGAUUAAUUUCUCUUUAAGAAAAAUCUCACUAUUCAAAUGAAACCACUGUUCUCCAACCAUACCUCAGUCCCUCAUCUACCAUGUAUUUAUUCAGCAAUUACUUUGUCUGUUUUGUUUUGCCUUGCUAAGGGGCACUUUGAUGGUUGAGGAAGUGGAGAGUGUUUCUCAUUAUGUUCCUGUCAGAUCUUUCCAACUGGUCCACGAUUGUCCUCUCACUAACUGUAUGUAACUGUUUCUGUCUUUCUAACACUGUGAAAUAUACUGGAGUCUUUGCUUGUCUCCUUAAAUGUCUGUGUAUCCCGUGUUAUAAAGUAUAAUGCAUCUCUUUUUCAUUUUUCUGGGUGACUAAGAGUAGUGCUCUGCGAUGAAAGCAGAAGUAAUGAGUGAGUAUCUGUAUUGUUGUAAUAUUUAAACUACCUUGUUUACAUCCAUUGUGGAAGGAGAAAAACUGUUUCAUUCUGACAUGUAUCUGCUUUUUUGUGUUUUUUUUUCAUUACAUAUGUCUACGCAUUUAUACUA